UUUUGCUUUGUGCUUUUAGGUUUGCAUCUGACAAGCAAAUUUGUCCUUUUAUACCUUUCUUCUUCAAUUCUCUCUUUCUCAGGCACAUGAUCAACUGGUUCUUUAACGCUGUAGACCAUUAAAUUACAUGGGCAUACGUGCUCAAUUCUGCUCAUCACAGACCUUAAUAGAAAAGAAAAAGGGAAUAAAGAUGGCUGUAGAUCUGUAAGGUGUAAACAAAGAUUCAAGUCAAUCUCAACUCAGAACACUUGGAACGGUUCAGAAAGUCCCCCUAUAAAGAGAUCUAUGCCUGUAGAUCUGUUCAUCUUAAACUACCGAAAGUAAGGGGAAAAAAGAAAAUGGCAUACUUGUACCUUAAACAGGGAAAGAAUUACUCGCAAUCCCGGCCAAAUUAUCCAGAAGAAUUGUUCCACUUCAUUGCAUCCAAGACACCGCACCAUGACCUUGUCUGGGAUGCCGGCACUGGCAAUGGACAGGCAGCAUCAUCUCUAGCAAAGAUAUACAAGAAUGUGAUUGCCACGGAUACCAGCCAGAAACAGCUCGAAUUAGCUUCUAGGCUUCCAAAUGUGCAAUACAAGUGUACUUCUCCAACAAUGUCUGCUGAAGAGCUGGAAACGGACGUGGCAAAACAAGCCACCGUGGAUCUUGUGACUGUUGGCCAAGCCAUCCAUUGGUUUGAUCGUCCCAAGUUCUACCAGCAAGUGCAGUUGGUUCUAAAGAAGCCACAGGGAAUAAUAGCAGCAUGGUGCUAUACUACCCCACAAGUCAAUGCUAGAGUUGAUGCUGUUUUUAAUAAAUUUUACUUUGUUGAUUCUAGGCCUUACUGGCACCCUGGCAGAAACUUAAUUUACGACAAGUAUGAGAGCAUUGAAUUUCCAUUUUUUCCGGUAGAAGGAGCUGAGAACACGGGGCCAUUUGAAUUCAUGACUGAAAAAUUGAUGAGUUUGGAUGAGUUACUUGCUUAUGCAAAAUCAGGUUCGGCAUAUGAAACAGCACUGGAAAAAGGUGUGGAUCUCAUGAGUGAGGACGUGAUCGAGGAAUUUCGGUCUGCUUGGGCCGAAGAUGGCAACAAUCAGAAGGUUGCUAAGUUCCCUAUUUAUCUCAGGAUUGGUAAAGUCGGAAAAUGAAGUAUUAGGCUCGAUCAGAGGUAUAGUGAGUGGACUCUUCAUCGCAUUGUUAUGCCCCAUCUAUCAUCGAUCAUAACCAUCAACAACCCCUCCCUGGGGAAUUCAUGAUAUAGGUUGAAUAAAUGAUAUCUUGUUGAAUUGCAAUAUAGGUUGCAUUUUUUCUUUUCCAGAACUUCUUGCUUUUGUGGAAUAAAAUUCCUUAUUUGAGUGCUCUAGGAGGAUGACUUGCAUCAGUAUGUACUUGAUCAAAUUUAAAUAAAGAAUAGUAUCUUAGGACAA